GUUCCCGACUGAAGCGGAGGAAGCAGCCGCGCUGCUCCAGGGUUUAUACAGGAGAAGCUGCAGGCAGGCAUCUAAAGAUUGGAAGACCCUGAAAGCAAGUUUAUCCUCUACAGUGAGCCAUAAUGGCCAAGUUACAUUGGAAGAGGUUCCUGUCCCCAGUCUUGGGGACGGGGUUCAUGGUCACCAUUUUCAUGAUGACCAUUUGGGAGGUGGAAGGGACUGACACCGAAGACCCCAUUGACUUACCCAAUUCGUCGUGUUUCGGAACCUUCCAUUGCACCCGCGGGAUCAUCCUCCCAGUGUGGUACCCACAGAAUCCGUCCUUGGGAGACAUAGUUGCCAGGGCUAUCGUCUAUUUUGUUGCGAUGCUGUACAUGUUCCUCGGUGUCUCGAUCAUAGCUGAUCGUUUCAUGGCGUCGAUUGAAGUCAUCACAUCACAGGAGAAAGAGAUCACGAUCACAUUACCCAAUGGCGAGACCAGCAUGGCCACCGUGCGAAUCUGGAAUGAGACGGUGUCCAACCUGACCUUAAUGGCUCUUGGUUCUUCUGCGCCAGAAAUUCUCUUGUCGCUAAUUGAAGUGUGUGGGCAUGGUUUUCUUGCUGGAGACCUGGGACCUGGCACAAUCGUUGGCAGUGCAGCAUUCAACAUGUUUGUCAUCAUAGCCGUAUGCGUUUACUGCAUCCCUGAUGGUGAGGUUCGGAGAGUCAAGCAUUUGCGAGUGUUUUUUGUCACUGCAUCUUGGAGUAUUUUUGCCUACAUUUGGAUGUACCUGAUCCUCGCCGUCUUCUCACCUGGCAUUGUCGAGGUUUGGGAAGGAUUGCUGACUCUAAUGUUCUUUCCGGUUUGUGUGGUCUUUGCUUGGAUUGCUGACAAGAGGCUACUCUUCUACAAGUAUGUCUACAAAAGGUACCGUGCGGAUAAGCGCAGAGGCAUCAUUAUUGAGACAGAGGGAGAGCUCCCCAAGGGAAUCGAGAUGGAUGGGAAAAUGGUACUGGAGCAUGGAGACAGUGUCCUUCCUGAUGGAACUGUGAUCUCUCUGGAAGCCAAGGACUUAGAUGAGAGUCGUAAAGAAGCCAUCCGAAUUCUUAAGGACCUCAAGCAAAAGUACCCAGAUCGAGAACUGGAGCAGCUGGUUGAGUUGGCCAAUUACUAUGCCCUGCUCCAUCAGCAAAAGAGUAGGGCCUUCUACCGCAUCCAAGCGACCCGAAUGAUGACCGGGGCAGGUAACAUCUUGAAGAAGCAUGCCGCUGAUCAUGCAAAAAGGACAGCAAACCUUAACGAGUCAAGGUCUGACCCCGCGGAGGAGCUGUGCAGCAAAAUCUGCUUUGAGCCUGCCAACUACCAAUGUUUCGAGAACUGUGGCCUCGUCACGCUGACCGUUGUGUGCAAGGGCGGAGAGCAGAACAGCACCUUCUAUGUGGACUAUCGAACAGAAGACGGCUCGGCCAACGCAGGCUCAGACUAUGAGUACAGUGAAGGCACCUUGAUUUUCAAGCCGGGUGAAACGACAAAAGAGAUCACGGUGGGCAUCAUUGAUGAUGAUAUAUUUGAGGAAGAUGAGCACUUCUUUGUCCGGCUGGGGAACCUUAGAAGCGGAGAUGCCGAAGGCAUGUUUGACUCAGAUCCAACAGAAUAUCCCAAGGGGCGUCUUGUCUCCCCAUUGGUUGCGACAGUCACAAUCCUGGACGAUGACCAUGCUGGCAUUUUCACUUUUGAGGACAAAGUUUAUCAUGUGAGUGAGAGCGUCGGUGUCAUGGAGCUGAAGGUGCUGAGGACCUCAGGUGCUCGGGGGACCGUUAUGGUGCCAUACAGGACAGUGGAAGGCACGGCCAGGGGAGGAGGAGUGGACUACGAGGAUGCCAUUGGAGAGCUGGAAUUUCUCAACGAUGAGACUGUGAAGACAAUCCAGGUGAAGAUUGUGGAUGAUGAAGAGUACGAAAAGCAGGAAAACUUUUUUGUUGUCCUGGAGAAACCAAGAUGGAUGAAACGUGGCAUUUCAGCUCUCUUAUUGGCUGAUGAUGAAUCCAAUGGGAAACUGACGGCAGAGGAAGAGGAAGCUCGGCGUAUUGCAGAGAUGGGGAAACCCAUCCUGGGUGAACAUUCCAAGUUGGAGGUCAUCAUUGAAGAAUCAUAUGAAUUUAAGAGCACUGUGGAUAAGCUGAUCAAGAAGACAAACCUGGCACUGGUGAUUGGUACGCACUCAUGGCGGGAGCAGUUUAUGGAGGCCAUUACAGUCAGUGCUGGUGAUGGUGAAGAUGAAGAUGAUACACGAGAUGAGAAGCUGCCUUCUUGUUUUGAUUAUGUUAUGCAUUUCUUGACGGUUUUCUGGAAAGUUCUCUUUGCCUUUGUUCCUCCCACUGAGUAUUGGAAUGGUUGGGCCUGUUUCAUCGUCUGUAUGGCUGUGAUUGGUUUACUUACAGCUUUCAUCAAUGAUCUGGCUUCACAUUUUGGCUGCACAGUGGGAUUGAAAGAUUCUGUGACUGCUGUGGUCUUUGUGGCACUUGGCACCUCUGUACCAGAUACAUUUGCCAGCAAAGUCGCAGCAUUACAAGACCAAUAUGCAGAUGCAUCCAUUGGGAAUGUGACAGGAAGCAAUGCUGUAAAUGUGUUCCUGGGUAUUGGAGUCGCUUGGUCUGUUGCUGCCAUCUACUGGGCUGUUAAGGGGGAAGAGUUUAGAGUAGAUCCUGGCGCACUGGCCUUUUCAGUCACACUUUUUACCAUCUUUGCCUUUGUUGCCAUCAGUGUACUCCUGUACAGAAGACGGUCACACAUAGGCGGUGAGCUUGGAGGUACACGGCGUGGCAAGAUUCUGACCUGCAUCAUGUUUGUAAGCCUUUGGUUGUUGUAUGUUGUGUUUUCAGCCCUGGAGGCUUACUGCCAUAUAAAGGGUUUCUAAGACUGGAGAGCUUUCUUGUGCUUACAAAGAGUAAGCUCCUCUUGAAGCUGCCGAAGAGAUUGAGAGGCAGCCCAGUGCAUUCCAAUCCCAGUUAAGUCACCUCUUCAUUACAGAACAUAAAAACAGACCUUUACUGGCAAAGAAAAACAAAAGGCAAAA